AUGGAAAUAAAGCACGCAUUAUCCGAAACUCGCACACUUGUACUCGUUACAAGUACCCUCAGCUCAGUUCAGUUUGUUCAUCCGAGAAUCACAGGAAAUUCUCGCCAACCAGUUCAGGCGCCUUUUGACCAGAACAAUCUCGCCUCCACUACUGGCGUAGCUUCACGACUUGCACAAGUUAGAGCAUCCUUUAUGCGAAGCAGAGUCAUGGCUUCUCUAACAGCCGUAGGGAGCGAGGUGCUCGUCGGUUCUUUCAGACCCCUCCCUCAGACUGGUGCUUCUGUCGGUCGCACUGCGUCCCUCCCCAUCAGCUCUGCGCUCUCCACACGUUGCUCGUUCCAAAGCCGAAACCCUAAUCCGAGGCGAGGAGCUUCAGUGGUCAGGAGAGCGCUAAGCGGGGGUCCGAACCGCAACCGCGACGAGAAGAAUGACCCGGGAAAAGUGAUCGAGUUUUCAGGGUCUGAUGAUAGCGACGUGGAAGCAGCGAGCAAGGAGAAGUCCACGGGUCAGCUGGAUGACAUCGGCGCGGAGCUAGCUCGCCUUAGGCAGGAACGCGCCGCAGCGGAAACAGCGGCGAAAGCUGAUGAAGGAGUUGGCGGAUUCUGGCGUGGCGUGCUGGAGGAGACGCAGAUGAUUCAAUGGCCGGCUUUCACGUCCGUCCUGGGAACGACUGGCGUGGUGGUUGUCGUCAUCGUGUCCUCCGCUGUCGUCCUGCUGACCGUCAAUGCCGUGCUAGCCAAUGUCUCAGACGCUCUUUUUGAGUUGCCAGCAGUCAGAGAGCUGUGGCACCUCUCGUUGGAUUCAAACGAUACUAUGGCCCACGCCAUGGCUUCCGUGUCGGGAGCAGCUCUCUCCUUUGAGAAGCUCUCUCUCUCCACCGCCUCCUCCCUCUCCAUGUCUCGCUCCUCCUUCGUCUCCUCUCCCGCUCUCGUCGCCUGCCGGCCAGUCGCUCUCUCCGCGAAAUGCGGCCCGUCGGUCGCGGUGGUGACGGCGCAGGCCGUGGCGGACGUCGCGGCGCCUGCUGCGCAGCGGCCCUCCGGGCUUUUGUCGGGAACAGAUCCCGCGUGGAAGCUGGGGACAGCGGAUAAGGCGCGCCUUAAGACGUACUAUGAGACUGCCGUGGUUCCCGCUAUGCUCGCGGAGUUCGGAUACGCGAACCCCCAGGAGGUGCCACGUGUCGAGAAGGUGGUGGUCAACUGCGGCAUUGGCGACGCGUCGCAGAGCGCUAAGACCCUCGACAGCGCGGCCAAGGACCUGGCGGCGGUGACGGGGCAGCGGCCCGUGGUGACGCGCGCGCGGAAGGCCAUUGCGGGGUUCAAGCUGCGCGCGGGCGUGCCCGUGGGAAUGGCGACCACGCUCCGCGGACAGAUCAUGUACGCAUAUCUCGAUCGUCUCAUCAACCUCGCUCUUCCCCGCAUGCGCGAUUUCCGCGGGGUCUCCCGCGGGGGCUUCGACGGCCGCGGCAACUACUCCAUGGGCCUGGCCGAGCAGACCCUGUACCCAGAAAUCCGGUUCGACGAGAUUGACAAGACCCGCGGCAUGGACAUUUCCAUUGUCACCACGGCUAAGACUGAUGGGGAGGCUCAGCGGCUGCUGGAGCUUCUGGGCGUGCCAUUUAGGGAGGGGCCUCUGCUGAUCAUGCCAGAAUCUGGUCCCUGCAGUCGAGGUGAUGACUCAGCAGGUAACCGCUCCGCGCGGCUGGAUUUGAACCUCGAGUAUUCCGCGCAGCCCUGUAUUGCGGAGCUCUGCGCGGAGCAGCGGGCGGAAGGUUGCAGGGGCGCGGGGAUUUCCGCAGAAAGGGGAGAAUCCCUUGCGGAGAGGGGGGAUUUUUCAGCGGGGAGGGGAUUUUUGGAUACAGCUGCGGCGGUGGGGGAACCGUCGGCGGGAGAUGACACCGCAGGGUCGGGGGAAACAGCGGUGGGCGGAGAGGGUGGCGGAGCGGAGGCGGAAGAGUCGGAGGGCGGAGACGCGGAAGAGCCGGCGGCAUUAGACGAUCUCGUCGGAAGGGCCUCGCGCUUUGCGCAGAGACUAGCGCAGCGGAGACUCCAGGCGGCGGGAGAGCGCGCGGGGGGGGACGCGCAAGCAGGCGGAAGAGGAGGCGGAGGCGGAAACAGCAGUGGCGGCGCAGGCGCUGGCGGAAGAGAAGGCGCGGACCGCACCCGCGCGGGAAGGACGGCGGGGGAAAGCGGGGAAGGCGGAAACAGCGAGGACGAGGAUAAAGAGGAGAGUGGUGAUACUAGCGAGGAUACUAGCAGUAACGAUAGUGACGAUUCAGAUGGGGAGGAGGAGGGGGAGGGGGAGGAUAAAAGCGAGAGCAGUAGCGGAGAGAGCAGUGACGAGGAUGACAAUAGCGAGGAUGACAGUAGCGAGGAUGAUAAUAGCGGGACCUCCGCGCUCUGCAGGAAGAGGCGGAACGGGGGGAGCGGGGGAAGCGGGGGGAGCGGGGGAAGCGGGGGGAGGGGACGGGAGGAAGUGCGGAAACAGGCAGAGAUGGGGGCGCUGUGGGAUUUUGGGGGGACGGGGGAGGGGGAGGGGGAGAGGGGGGAAGGGGAGGGGAGCGGGGAGAAGCGGAAGGGGAAGGGGAAGAAGAGGGGUGCAGAGCGGUGUGACACGGUGAACGUGCACCAGAUGCUGCUGUCUCGAGAAGUGAAUGUGUCGAGAUUUGGGCGAUUCAGCGAGUCGGAUCGGUGUCACCUGGCGCAGUCCUUCCUCCCGUGCGAUGGCCCCAUGGUGGUGGAUAAGGUGGCGUCGCGGGCGUACAUCGGCCAGUUCAGCGGCGAUGGCGACCUGUUCGUUGCUGGCUUCCAGGACCGUCGGAUUCGUGUGUACGAUGUGGAUCGAGGGUGGGCGUUGAGGAAGGAUGUGAUAGCUCGCAACCUCAGAUGGACCAUCACCGACACUGCACUCUCUCCUGACCAACGAUUCCUGGUGUAUGCAUCAAUCACACCCAUCGUGCAUCUGGUGAAUGUCGGCUAUGGGAGUGGGGAAGUUGAGUCGCUUGCAAAUGUCACGGACAUACACGAGGAGUUGAAUUUCACAGCGGUGGAGUCGCGGCGCAGGGAGCGCAGCUUUGGCAUCUGGUCGCUGCAAUUCUCAUCCGACGGUCGGGAGCUCAUCGCGGGCAGCAGCGAUCGCUCGCUCUAUGUGUUUGACCUCGAGAGGAAUCAGCCCAUCCUUCGAGUCAAGGCCCAUCAGGAUGAUGUCAACGCAGUAGCGUUCGCAGACGAGACCUCGCAGCUCAUCUUCUCCGGCAGUGACGAUCGCCUCUGCAAGGUGUGGGACCGCCGAUUGCUCGACAACACCGAGCCCAUCGGGCCCCUGCGCCUGCUCGACCCCGUGGGACCCAUUCACAUUGGGGAUGCGAGAUGCUUCCUUACCAACGGCAAGGAUCAAACGAUGAAGCUGUGGGACAUUCGAGUCAUGAUGGACCCUGCUGCUUAUGAAGAGUUGCCACCGCCUCGAAUCCCCUUCUUCCAGUGGGACUAUCGGUGGAUGGACUAUCCAGGCAGGGGAAUGAGAGUGGCCCAUCCCAACGACCAGUCACUCAUGACGUACCGCAACCACCACGUGCUGCAGACGCUCAUCCGCUGCUACUUCUCGCCUCUGCACUCCACGGCGCAGCGAUUCGUGUAUUCCGGCUCGCACGACGGCGCUGUGUAUAUCUUUGACCUGUUGACAGGCAAGCAGGUGGCAAAGCUGAAGCACCACGGGUCGACGGUCAGGGACUGCUGCUGGCACCCCACACGGCCCGCCCUGGCGUCGGUGGGGUGGGACGGCAAGGUGGCUGUGUGGGAGAGCUUUCACGGGGAGACGCCCCCUGAGUGCAAGAAGAUGCGGCAGAUCCCCGUGACUAAUCAUGAGGAUAUAUUUGACGAAUAG